AUGAAAGACAAAGAGAAACCGCCUAUUUUAAAUGUUCAACCCCGUAAAAUAGAAACGGUUGGACCAUGGAUUUUGAGUUAUUUAUCUGGUUCAAGUGUUGAAGAUAAAUGUUUAACCAAUGGUGAUGAAGUAGAAGAUAUAAAUGAAUCAUUUAUUGACGAAGAAACUGUAGCAGAUACAAUUUAUCUGAAAACACUAGACCCUAAAGAGUGGAAGGAUCAAGAUCAUUAUCAGUAAGUAUACAAUUUAAAUAUUAAACAUAAAUCUAUUGUCAGAAUCAUUUAAAUCAUUAAAUAAUAAUUUUUUUAUUUUUUAUUUUUUUUUUAAGUUCUAUAUAAAUUCUUUACCUAAUAAUACAUGUAUUACCUGAUUCUAAUGCAUGGUACAAACAAAAAAUCUAAGAUAAUUUUCAGUAUCUUAAAUUUAAAAAAAAAAAAAACUUCACUGAAAUAAAUUUAUGUAGGUAUACAUAUUUCCAUUUAUCUAUCAUUAAUCUAAUUUCAUUAAAUUGGCAAAUUUAGCGUUUCAUGAAUGGUUUAAAUCUUAAAUGUCUGGUUUUAAGUUAUUUAUUAAAUAUUUAAUGUAAUAUGUUGAACGUACUUACUAUAUUAUAUUAUCAGUUUUAGAAGAUAUUGUGGAUUAUUGUGAAAUGAACUUAUUUUAAUUUUCGUCUACUUUUGAGUUAUUUUCCUAAAAUCUAUAAUUAUCUUAAUUACUUAUAUUAUUAUCUAUCCAUCUCUACUUCAGUCUUCCUAGAUGUUUCUGCUCCUAUAGUGGGUUACCUACAUUAAUUUUUGUUGAUUUUGAUUAUUUGAUCUUAUUGAAUAACCAUGUCAGCUUCAUUUUUAAUAUCAGAUUUCAGCCAUUAUAUUUCAUUUUGCAAUUAAUUAAUCUUUUUAUUAGAAGUUUAAUAUCAAAUUAGGUAUCAUAGAUGCUAAAAUAUAUUUAAAGAUAAAAAAUAAAUCACAAAUAAGUGUAUAAUAAUAAGUGCUAUUGAGUUUGAUUAAUACAGUAAAAGAAAUCUUAAUGAUUUACAGAAUUCCCAGUAGAUAGCAAGAUAUUUACAAGUGUACACGACAUAGUUUUAAAGAAUAAUGUUUUAUAUAAAAUAAUUCUUUAUUACAAUUGUUAUAUUUAUUUACUAUUAGAAUAAUGUUGUUUAGAAGGGAGGUUUCGUCUAUUUGUAGUUGAAAGAAAAAAUUCUAUACAAUUAUUUUUUCCGAUCUUUUAAUGGUAUUAAAUUUAAAAAAUCAAAAAUGGCAUCAUAUUCAGAGUGAGGAGGUCUAUAAAAAUUGCUUUUAAAACAGAUAGAACGUAGCAUAAUUUUUUGAAUGUUUUCUAUUUGUUCACUAUGGCCGAUGUUAUAUGUUUCCCAUAUGAUUGGGAUAUAUUCCAAUAUAGGGUGAAUAAUUGACGUGUAAAGACAUUUUAAUGAAAGAUCAUCUUUUUAUUGCUAAUAUUUGGAGAUUAAUUAAAAGUUUUGACUCAACGAUUACUCAAAGGUCAUUAACUUGGGUAAAAAGAAAUACAUUUUGAUUAAAAAACUUGUACUCAUUGGAAAUAAAAUUAUUUUUUUUAGAAAAAGUGGUGCAUUGACAUUUAUUAAUAUUAAGGGACAUACCAUUUGAGAUGCACCAAUUUUCGAAAACUAGUUAAUUCUUGUUGAAGUAGUUCAGCAUCUGUUAUAUUCCUUAUACAUUUGAUAAUUUUAGUAUCAUCAGCGAAUAGAAAAAUAUUAGAAUGUUUAAUUGAAAAAAUAAUAUUGUUAAUGAAUAAAUUUAAUAAUAAUGGGAAAAGGUGGUCUCCUUGUGGGACAUCGGAUAUAACUGAAAUUGGAUAAAAAAUAAAAUUUUUCCAAAUUGGAAUCUUUUCAUUAAGAAUGAAUUUAGCUAUGAUAAUAGAGGGUCGGCAAAACCUAUUUUCUUAAAUUUUUGUAUUAAAAGAUUAUGAUCAAUUUUAUCAAAAACUUUUUCAAAGUCUGUAUAUAUGACAUCCAUCUGUUAAUUAUUAGAAAAAGAGUUAAGAAUGAAUUGUUUAAUAGAUAUUAGGUUGGUGAUUGUUAUUUCAGAAACUGUUGCUGCGGAAUAAGUACAUUUUUUAAAAAAAGGUUGUUGUUUAGCAUUAAUGAUUUUUGAGAACAAUUUUGGGAGGAUAGAGUUCAAGGAUAUAGAGCAAUAAUUAGAAAUUAAUGAUUUAUCUCCUUUUAUUGAAAAUUGAAUUGAUAAAUGUAGAUUUUCAAAUAAAUGAGAACUAACUAUUAUUUAAAGAGGCAUUAAAAAGAAAUGUGUGAUAGAAGGAGGAAGGACAAAUCUACAAACAUGCAAAAAAAUAGGUGAGAGUCCAUUGUGGCCAAUUCCAGUUUUCAUUUUUAAGUUUUCUAAUUCUUCAAAAACAUCAAUGAGUUUAAUUUCACAAUUGCGUUAAUAGAGUCUAAGAAUACAAUCAUUGGAGAAUUAUCUGAAGUAAAGGGAAUAUUUUCUUUUUUUAUAAGUAGAUGCAAAUUUUUUUUUUUAGCAUUUAAUGUUAAAAUUUUGAUUAAAGAAUAGCAUUAUUUUACAUAGUAUUUUCUGAUGUAUGUAAAUAAAAUUAUUUUCACACAAUGAAAUAUCCAAUCUAAAAUGUUUUUAUAUUUAACCAAAUUUGGUCAUAAUGAUACCAGCUAUUUCAAUAUAUAAAAAAUAUAUUUUUGUUAGCAAUAAUUAUUUGUUGUGUACAGAUAUAAAUUAGAUAAAAUAUUCUAAUCGCCUUAAAUGUUUAGGUUAUUUUAAUCUAUUGGAAUUUAAUUGAGGAUUUUUAAAUUUUUUAGUUGUACAAAAAAAAACCUAAAUAAAAAUAUGUUUUUAGGAGAAACUGUUCUAUGUUAUAUUUAAUAAAAUAAAAUAAAGUGUGUGAUAUACAGUCAAAUUUAUGGCUCACAGUAUGCAUAUAUUUAAAGUUUUAUAAAAAGGGGGGCAAAUGAAUUUCAAAUGGGACCUAAAAGUUUGAUUAAAUUCUAUUUGGGUGUUAAAAUUGAAAUUGUUAAUAUUAUUUUAUAGUUUUAUCUAGUAUUUAUAAUAUUUAGUUCAACAUGAAUUUUUAACUCUAAACACAUAUAGUAAAAACAAAAAAAAAGUUAAUAUUUGUUCCAACUAAGCCUGUUUUUUUUUUUAAGAGGACCGUGUACCCACGUAUAUUUUUUCACUCCAACUAAUGGGCGAUAUAGCAAAAUCAACCUUACACAGUUUUCGCAGAACUCGCUUAAAUUUUGUUCUAAAGUAAAAACUUCUAUUAUAAAAUUAAAAGAGGAUAAUAUUCCGUAGGACAAGAGAAUAUGUUUUUCCUAUUAUUUUAAUUAUUAUACCCUAGUUAUAAUGUUUAAUACAUUAUCUAAGAAUAAAACCCAAUUUAUUGUUUUUAAAUUACUAUAACAUAUUAAAAAAUUGAUUUAACAUAAGAAACGCAUCGUCUUGCACUCCGGAAUAAUUUUCCUCUUUUAAUUUCAUAAUGAGUGUUUUUACUCUAAAACCAAAACUAAGCGAGUUCUACGUAAACUGCGUAAGGUAGAUUUUGCUAUAUCACCCAUUAGUUGGACUGAGACAACAUAUCCGGGUAUAGCAUCCUCUUAAGUAAUUUCAAUCAUAUUUAAAACUAUUACCUAUAUAUUGACCAUAUUUUAUUUAAUUACAGGGUGUUAGGUUUAUCAAAACUGCGGUAUAAUGCAACUGAAGCACAAAUCAAAAUUGCUUAUAGACGUAGAGUUCUAAAUCAUCAUCCCGAUAAAAGAAAAAAACUUGGUGAGAAAGUUCAAGGCGAUGAUGAUUAUUUUACAUGCAUAACCAAAGCUUGGGAAACUCUUGGAAAUAAGGCAAAAAGACGUGCAUAUGAUUCAAUUGAUCCUAAAUUUGAUAACAGCAUUCCUUCUAAGGAAACAGCCAAAAAAUCUAAUUUCUUUGAAUUAUUUGGCCCAAUAUUUGUUCGUAAUUCUAAAUGGUCAGAACAAAGAUCAGUACCACUUUUAGGUGAUUUAAACAGUAGCCGUGAUCAUGUUGAUCGCUUUUAUAAUUUUUGGUAUGGCUUCAAUUCUUGGAGAGAAUUUUCUUAUCUCGAUGAAGAAGACCGUGAACAAGCUUCUGACCGUGAUGAGCGUAGAUGGAUCGAAAAACAAAAUCGUGCAAAUCGUGCUAAGCUAAAAAAAGAAGAAAGUACUCGUAUUCGACAGUUAGUUGACUUAGCCUAUGCUAAUGAUCCAAGACUUUUGAAAUUUAAAAAAGAGGAUCAAGAACGAAAAGCUGCUCUUAAACAGGCAAAAAAAGAUGCAAUAAGACAAAAACAGGAAGAAGAAAUUAGACUGAGAGAAGAAGAAGAAGCAAGAAUACAAAAAGAAAAAGAUGAACUUGAAGCUGCAGAGAAAGCCCAGCGAAAUGCACAAAGAAAUGCAAAAGAUGGUCAAAAGAAAGCAUUAAAAAGAGAGCGUAAACAAAUUAGAGAAAUAUUAAAAAUAAACAAUUACUACAUAGAAAACGGAGAUAAUGUUAUUGAAAUAAUGUGUGGUGUUGAAAAAAUUUGUGAUCAACUUUCUGCUAUACAACUUAAAGAAUUAGUCAGUGCCCUUCAAACUGAAGGCCGUAAAGCAUUGAUAGAUAAACUUAAGCAAAUGGAAUGCAGAGUUGAGAUGCAUAAUAAUGUCAUAAAAAAUGAUACUAAAAUUGCUGAAAAAAAUAAUAAUGAUUGGGAAACCGAUGAUGUCCAGUUAUUGAUUAAAGCUGUAAAUUUGUUUCCAGCAGGUACAAAUCAACGUUGGGAAGCUGUUGCAAAUUUUAUCAACCAACACAGUAAAAACAGUGAACGAAAUGCCAAACAAGUAUUAGCAAAAGCUAAAUCUCUUCAAAGUACUAACUUUACUGACAAUGCCUUAAAAUCUGAAAUGAAUGCAAAUGCAUAUGAUCAAUUUGAAAAGGAAAAAAAAUGUGAAGCACAAGUACCUGAAGUUGUUUCUGAACGUCCAGUUGGAUGGUCUGCAGAUGAGCAAAAACUUUUAGAACAAGCUCUUAAGACAUAUCCAGCUGCUGUUAAAGAUCGUUGGGAUAAAAUAGCAGAAUGUGUUCCGACUAGAACGAAAAAGGAGUGUAUGAAAAGAUAUAAAGAAAUUGUUGAUCUAGUUAAAGCUAAAAGAGCUGCUCAAGUGUAA